AUGAAGCAAAAACAGAGCACAAUAAGAGACACAAGAGAGAGAGACAAAGUGAGAGACAAGAAGGAGGACAAGAGAGAAGGAGACAUAGAAAGCACCAGUGAAGGAGAAGCAGAACACACAGACGAAGUGUGCGCGAGGAAGCUCGAGAAAGAAGAAAUGCCGAGUUCAUCACCAUCCUUCUCUUCCUCUACUGGCAUAAUCUUCGUCCUCGUUUACGGCAUCGCCAAUAUCACCGGUGGCCACAUCAAUCCUGCAGUUACAUUCGGGCUGUUCUUGGCCAGGAAGGUGACAUUCAUCCGAGCUUUGGUGUAUAUAGUGGCUCGGUGCUUGGGAGCUAUUUGUGGUACUGGACUGGUUAAGGCUCGGUGGUGGCCUAGUUGUGGACGUAUUGCUUUAGAAGAAUUAGUGCAGAGAGGUCAUGGUUUUGAUUUUGUCAACAGCAAUAUGGAUGGAAAAUUACCUACAAAAAAGUUGAAGAAGAUGGAGUAG